AAAACCCAAGUCAAACUACGGAACAUUACGGUAUUUGCUUUCUUUCCGAGUGGAUGUUUGUUGCGUAACAAGGGAUACAGAUUCUGUAUUACAGAACCAAUAGAUACAAAAUCUGAUAUUAUUGUUGGACUUGCUCAUGCAACUUCGUCAUCAUGCCGAAGGAAUCAUUCAACAGAAAGUUUAAAGCAAAAGGAAAAAUUGCUGAAAUGGAUAAAUUGCCUUGUUCGAUAUUUACGAAUCAUUUGAUCAUCACCGCCAUCUUUUCGAACUUAUCUGCCUCCACCCUGAAAACGGCCCGUCUCGUCUGCCGCCUCUGGCAAUCCGUGGCGACUCCACUCCUCGGAGAACUAUGUGUUCUCGUCCCUACGAAAAUGUUCCCCUGUUGCAAAUCCGGCCUUACCCCUCAAGUUGACCCCAAACUCGUCAAGUACAUUCGACUAGACAACCACUGUCGAUCGGGAAACUGCCACAUGCGAAGCAAUUUUAUGGAGCAGGGCGACCAUCUUUUUUGGUGUACCAGCAACUCCCGUCUUGUUAACCCUUCCUUGUCCACAAUUUUUCGCGGUUUGGCCGCCCAGCAUCCGGAACAUAUUGAACAAGUAUAUUUCCGACUGGUCGACGAACCCUUAGAAUACUCUGCCCGUUGGCGAACCAGGGCCGUGAGCCGGACGAAAAUGUCAAGUUACGACUUUGCCAGUUUACCAAACCUCAAACUAAUUUCGAUCCAAGCCCCCUCAACGAAACGGUGGGGACCCAAGAACGAGAUCAAGUUUGACCGAUGCGUCCCCGUAGACGAUCUGGUGGAAAAACUCUACUUUUUCCCCUGUUUAGUAGAUACGGACUACGUUUUUGAAACCUUCGUCAUGUCCACGGACCAUCUCAGGAUGUUGCGAUUUGCAGAGACGAAAUUACCCAAUAUGAUAAGGAAGAUUGAGAAGGAGUAUGACAACACGGUUCAGAGGACGGUGAAGGAAGUCAUGUUUGAUCCAUAUGUGAAGGACGAGCCUCGUUGGAUGCGGAACUAUGUGGAAGUCUCGGAGGAGGAGGAGGAAUUGGUUACUAAGGUGGCGACAAUAUCGUUCGAUAAGUAUCGUAAUCGUAGGAAGGAGGCGAGAAAAACGAAGCAUGCUGGACCACCAGUUCGCAAAUAUGGACUUCAUCAACCUCGAAGGAACUGAAUAACAUAAUAUUAGUGCCUGCAUACGUAGUUUCGUCGUCAAAUUUUGCGACCAUGUACGAACGUAAUUCAACUUGAAGUUUAAUUUAAUCUAAAUAAUCUAAUUGUGUUCCAUUUAAAAGACUGUCUUGCAAUACAUACAUAAAUAUGUCUAUUGCAUACAUAUUUCGGGUAAAUUACAGACAUUAAUGUGAGACUCACAUUGUGAGUCAUACAUAUUUAAAUUAGUAGUUGUCAUUGUUCUUGAUGGAAGAAAGCUAUAUACACAUAUUCAUAACUGACAAUUGGCUCAAAUUAUUUAUCUGUAAUUGGAAGCUCGCUGCAUAGAAAGCAAAUCCUAUUUACAUUUUAGACACUUUCUUUCCAGGAAAAAUGGGAAGAAACAUAUUUUACUAUUUUCAAACUACUGACUUCUUGAGUGAAUUUUUGAUAAGGUUUGAUGACAUCAAUUUUUAAAGAUUAGAGUGUAAAAUGUACACCUAUUGGUAGAAAGUUUUUAUAAUAUGUAACCACGAAAACUUUCUAAAAUACUAUUUAUAAUCGUAGCUCAAAAGUGUGCAGGUCAUUUAUAUAAAAAUUUAAUAAAGUUGUCUUUGUUAAAAGUAA